AUGUAUCGACAGAUAAGGCUUGACCAGUCUCAUACUCCUUUUCAGCGUAUUUUGUUUCGCGAUUCUCCGACGGAGGAAAUAAAGCAGUAUGAAUUACAGACUGUGACCUUUGGCGUCAAUUGUGCGCCUUAUCUGGCCAUCCGUAGUUUGUUACAGUUGGCAGAUGAUUGUGAGAGUCAAUAUCCACUUGCCUCGCAAAUCAUACGUAAAGGUAUGUACGUUGACGACGUACUUACAGGGACACAUGAUGUGGAAACCGCUUUGGUUGCUCGUGAUCAGCUUAAAGCGGCAUUAUCAUCAGCAGGUUUUAAUCUUCGAAAAUGGACUUCGAAUAAUAAAACAAUUUUAGUCGGGUUUCCCCCAGAACAUUUGGUAGAUGAAAAACUUUUAGUUUUUGUCGAAGCGAGUAGUUCGAAAACGCUGGGACUCCAAUGGAAUGCUCAUUUGGACGCGUUCUAUUUUAAAGUGGAUCCCAUAGCAUGGCGUUCAAAAUAUACAAAGAGGGAAGUUUUAUCCACAAUAGCUAAAUUAUUUGAUCCAGUAGGAUGGCUAGGUCCGGUUAUAGUAGUGGCAAAAAUGAUAAUGCAGAGAAUUUGGCAGGAUCAGAUAAAUUGGGAUGAGAAUCUUAAAGUUUCAACGCUGGCUGAAUGGGAGAAAUUUGUGACUUCAUAUCAUGAAGUCAAUAGUAUCCAAAUUCCUCAAUGGGUUCAUUAUGAACCAGAAUCCUCAGUGGAACUUCAUGUUUUUUCUGAUGCCUCGGAAAAAGCAUAUGCGGGGGUGAUAUAUGUUCGAGUGGAAACACCUAGAGGAAAAAUUUAUUCACAUUUGCUCACAUGCAAGACGAAAGUGGCCCCGAUUAAAUCGGUUACUUUACCUCGUCUUGAACUUUGUGGCGCUGUAUUAGCGGCAGAUCUUUUGAAAGCUGUGCUUUGUGAAAUCGACAUUCCAUUAAACCAGGUUUAUUGUUGGACUGAUUCCACGAUCGUCCUUUCCUGGUUGAAAAAAGACCCCUGUACUUGGGCAACAUUUGUUGCAAAUAGAGUUUGCAAAAUACAAGAGAUUGUUGGCAAACAUAACUGGCAUCACGUCAGAUCUGAGGACAAUCCAGCAGAUUUAGGAAGUAGGGGAGUUACCCCUUCAAUUUUAGCUCAGAGCUCUCUUUGGUGGAAUGGUCCACAUUGGCUUAGAGAGAAAAAGUCUACUUGGAAUUUGAAAAGCCUAGGUAUGCUUGAUACCGAUCUUGAAGCUCGAAAUGUGAAAUCUCACGCCUCUUUUUUUACAAACUAUGAGGAUGUGUUGGAUAGAUUUUCGUCACUUGAUCGUGCUAUCAGAGUUUUAUCUUACGUUUUUAGAUUUUUCCAUAGAACCCAUUCGUCUUAUAGGAAUCGCUAUUCGUAUGAUACAAUUACGCUAUCUGAUAAUGAAAUAAGACAUGUGAAACUACGUUUGGCCAUUGUGGCUCAAAAGGUCAAAUUUGCGGAAGAAUACAAGAGUCUAUUGGAAAAAAGACCAAUUUCUUCUAAAAGUAACCUGUUGCCCUUAAAUCCUAUUCUUGACAAUGAAGGUGUCAUGAGACUUAACGGUCGAUUGGCUAGAUCGCCUUCAUUGGCUUACACUGAAAGGCAUCCUAUUUUAUUGCCAUAUUCAUGUCGUUUCACUCUUCUUUUAGCGGAAUUUAUUCAUAAGAUUUCUAUCAUGGUGGAAAUCAACUUAUGCUACGGACGGAUAAUACGAAUCGAAUAUUGGAUUCCUCGUGCAAAGACCCUUGUUCGGACUGUUGUAAAUAGGUGUAAACGAUGUAUCUUAGAUCGUAAACGCGCUUGCACUCAAAUUAUGGCUGCCUUACCUCCAGAACGAACUGAUUUAGAUCGACCGUUUACGACAACUGGAGUGGAUUUCGCUGGCCCAUUUGAUAUGAGAAAUUUAAAUGGUAGAUCGUGUCAAUCUUAA